AUGCGACAUUUACAAAUUAUGUGUUUCUCCCAAAUGCAAUUUAAAUACUUUAAAAUAAACAACCACAAUACAAAACAAAACGACGUUAUUAUUAUUAUCCUUGCGAUAUAUGUACGGUUGAGAGGUCCUUGCGAAGUCAGUCGUGAACCGAAAUUUUGGAGAGAACAAGUCAAAAUGAAGUACGUUUUGCUGAUAGCGUCAUUUGUGGUGGUGACUUCUGCUCACGAUGACCAUGAGCAUGAUCAUAGCCAUACCGAACAUAACGAUGGUCUUUUGCGUGCUAUCGUCAAAUUGCAAGAGCCUCUUGGCGAUAAGGUGCAUGGCAAAGUGACUUUCACCGAGCAACCCGAUGGUAAAGUACACAUCGAAGGCGUUAUCGUCGGCAUGCCUCCAGGUCAAUAUGGAUUCCAUAUCUACGAGAAAGGAGAUAUCACAGAAGGUUGCAGUUCCAACGGUGGUCAUUUCAACCCGGAAAAUAAGGAGCAUGGUCACCCCAACGAUGAGAAUCGUCACGCUGGUGAUUUGGGCAACGUGGUGUUCGACGAGAAUCACGUCAGCAAGGUGGACUUCUGGGAUAACGUGAUCAAACUUUCGGGAUCGCACUCCAUCAUAGGUCGAGCCAUUGUUCUGCACUCGAUGGCUGACGACUACGGGCAGACUGAGCAUCCGGAUUCUAAGAAGACUGGAAAUGCCGGUCAUCAUGUAGCUUGUGGCGUCAUCGGAUAUUUGUAA